UUAUUCUUUUUGGCUUCUUUUCUCUUGGAAGCUGUUAGCACUGGAAUCUACUCUCGCUUUUUCUUGCCGGCCGAGAGUUGAAAAUUACCAUAAACCAACAAUAAAUGAUGAGAUAAACAUCCGAAAAAUUAUUAAGCAAUUCUGGUCAAGAGUUGAUAUAAAGACUGACGCUCUGUGGACAGAUCAGUUGUCUUUCGGAGUCUCCAGCAAGUGGACAGAGCGAAUAGUGUCACAAUGAACGGGAAGAUCGCGAUUGUGUUCUGUGCUGUGCUCUCAAUCGCUCAUGCAGCGACUUAUCUCCUCUUGGAAAUCCCUGACUCCAGGAGGGAAGUAAGAGCUGCCCAAUUCGGUGGUUUUGGAGGAUUUGGAGGUUUCAGCGGAAGUGCUUCUCAGGCCAAUGCGGAUUCCCAGAGUUUCAAUCACGGUGGAGGUUUUCCCAGCUUCCCCAAGCACUUUGGCGGAUCAGCUGCCAAUGCCGGAGCCCAGAGUCAGUCUUUCGAAGAUGGCGGAUUCGGUGGCUUUGGAGGAUCAGCUGCAAAUGCUGGAGCGCAGAGUCAAUCUUUCGAACAGGGCGGUUUUGGAGGAUUCGGAGGAUCAGCAGCUAACGCUGGUGCUCAGAGUCAGUCUUUCAAUCAAGAUGGAGGCUUCGGAGGUUUUGGAGGAUUUGGAGGAUCUGCAUCGAAUGCUGGGGCUCAGUCUCAGUCAUUCGAACAGGGAGGCUUUGGCCAUGGGGGCUUCGGAGGAUCAGCCUCCAGUGCCAAUGCUCAGAGCCAAUCCUUCAAUUCUGGAGGCUUCGGAGGGAGUGGAUCCAGUGCUUCUGCUAACGCCCAGACCUUCAGCCAGGACUUUGGGGACUUCGGAGGACACGGCGGAGGAUCAGCUGCGAGUGCAGGAGCCCAAGCACAGUCCGUCUCGGCUUAGACAGCGUCUCUCUUCUAGUUUUUAACGUCCCACUGUGAAAUGCAUUGUACAGCAAUUUUGUUUAUCAUUAAAAUUAGCAUUAUAUCGAGA